ACCGCUUGUAUAAUAGGAUCUUGUACCGCCACCAUUAAGCGAUCCUCUACAGCUACAACCACUGCUGCACUUUCUCGGUUUCAAGAACUCUGUCUAGCGUCGCGACUGCUCCCCUAUGGCGGUCUCCUCAAGACGCUUACAGAAGGAAUUGACGGAGAUCAAGACCGCGGGCACUCCUUGUGGCAUUACUCUUCUGAAAGCCGACGACUUUCAAACAUGGUUCUUGUCAUUGGAGGUGCUCGGUGAAUCUCAGUAUAAGGGCGAAGUGUUUGCGCUGAUGUUUAGGUUUGACCCACAAUACCCUAUAUCUGCACCUGCUGUUCAGUUUGUCGUGGAUGACAAGUACAAGGCUCCAUUACACCCUCAUGUAUACUCGAAUGGACAUAUAUGUGCCUCCAUCCUUGGUGGUGAAUGGUCUCCGGUUUUGAGCGUCAUUGCGGUAUGCAUCACCUUGCAGAGCAUGCUGGCAUCGUGCAAGGAGAAGAAGCGGCCUCCAGACAACGACCGAUACGUUGCUCAUGCACCUGAUAAUCCCAAGAAGACACGAUUUGUAUAUCAUGAUGACGAAGUCUGACUCUGCAGCUGCUCCUUGAAGUCAAUAUCUAUAGAGGAUGCUUCGCAGUAGUCGAGCGAGAAGUAUCAACUGUAUUCUGAUUGUACAAUAUAUCCACAUGAAUGCGGAGGAUAAACUUUACUUUCUGUGGUAUCAUCGUCUGAAGACACCGGCCACCUCUCUACAUCAAGUUCUCCACCAUUCUUCAAUCAUAAUCCAACAUUGUAUAGUCAUCUUCG